AUGAGUUCACCGAUUUCCGAUUUCUCAAGUCAAGUUAUCGUGAGUAAAAACUUGUUAUCAGAGUUUUUUUUUUUUUUUAACAUCGUUCAAGUUAAAUAUAUUGAUAAACAUUUGAUCACAUCUACAUCCGCCCCGUCAAAGAAACAAAGUAGGGAGCGCAAUAUGAACUGGUGAGGUGGUGAAAAAGCAGAAACAUAUGCAAACAGCUGAAUAAUGAGCCCUCUAAUGUAGCUAUAGAAACAUAACAUAACCAAGACGAGGUGCAGUUGAACAGAAAGUAAUGAUGCAACUGCGUGAAGUUGUUUUGAUCUACGUAUUGGGUUUAUUAGUAUUGCGUAGCAGCAAGGAACAUAGCGAGCAGGCGCAAGAGUAAACUUUGACUCUUCAUGUUUGUCUUUCGUGUUAGGGGAACAUCUGCAGCAAAGGGGUCGUAACAGCAGCCUUGUUGCCCCACCGAUAUUCAUCUUUUAGUGAUACAGACUAAAGUUUUUGUUAGAUCGGAACAAAAGGUUAUUUUCAUAUAUCCCAGUCACUAUGCUUGCCGGUAAAUCGCAGCAAGACGGGAAGCCACCCGGAAUCCCGGUGUAAAUUGUGGCAAUAUCCCGUUGGGAAACCGAGCGAAAUCUCAGCAAGCGGGAAUAUCAGCAAGAUGCCCGCUGUUCAGGAAGUUGGAACCAAAACCGUCUCUCCAAGAACCUUUUUUCUUGCUCUAAAUUCUGGGUAA